AUGACGAGAUCGACGACUGUGCAGGUCGUCUUGACGGAUUCUUAUGAUUACUCGUUAUGGGUUGCCGUUUCCUCGAACGGCAGCGAAAUCGACUUGGAGACGACGAGCACGAGUCCCGCCGGAAAUCAGAACACGGAAGAGCUCAACAAUUGGUGGGCAAUGCUGGCACUCGUCUUGGUUUUGGGAACAGCUGCAGGGAAUAUCCUAGUUUGCCUGGCGAUCGCUUGGGAACGACGGCUACAAAAUGUUACUAAUUAUUUCUUGAUGAGCUUGGCCAUCACGGAUCUUAUGGUCGCUAUCUUGGUGAUGCCACUGGGGAUCCUUACACUCGUUCGUGGAUACUUCCCGCUGCCGUCGGUUUAUUGCCUCGCCUGGAUUUGCCUCGACGUGCUAUUCUGCACCGCCAGCAUAAUGCAUUUGUGCACGAUAAGCGUGGAUCGCUAUCUAAGCCUGCGCUACCCGAUGAAAUUUGGACGCAACAAAACGAAGAAAAGAGUGACGCUGAAGAUCACCUUCGUCUGGAUCCUCAGCAUCGCGAUCAGUUUACCUCUGAGCUUGAUGUACUCGAAGCAAAUUCUUGAGUUCUCGAUUUCCCAAAGCUUCCUUCUUACUUUGAAAAGUCAACGUGGAAAAUUAAAGGACGUGACGACACAUCACUUCCAACGAGCCACUCUCGAUUCUCACGAGACCUCACGUCGAGUGUUAUCGACUGACGUCGAGCGGAAUUCGCACCUUCCGGGAACACGUGUGGCGGAUAUACACGUGCGUGGGCUGCAAUCCUGCAACCAGAGGAUGUCCAUCUCCUCCUCUUCUUUCCUCUUGCUUCCCCCCUUAUAG